CAAACUCACAUUGCCAAAUAAACUCGAAAAGAAAGAAGAGGAGACAAAAAGAGAUGGCUUCUACCUCCGCCGUGUCAUUGUUCAUGCCACUCACCCAAAACCGAUCGCCGUCGUCGACAAAAACUGUAGCCUUACGCAAGCCACUAUUGCCUUUGAAGCCAUCUACGGCGUCAUCCUCCUCCUUAGCCAUGCCUUCACGGAGGUUUCAAGUGAAUGCAUCUAACCUGAAGAUGGAGAAGGCUGUGAGCGGCUUAGCAGCAGCAGCUCUCACCGUUUCAAUGGUGAUCCCUGAGGUGGCUGAAGCCGCAGGCUCCGGAAUCUCUCCCUCUCUCAAGAACUUCUUGCUUAGCAUUGCCGCGGGAGGAGUGGUGCUCACGGUCAUCAUCGGUGUGGUUGUUGGUGUCUCCAACUUUGAUCCUGUUAAGAGAGGCUAAGGACGAGAGAUAUCUGUCUAUCAUUAUAGUAUGGUAAUGAUUUAUCAAUUCAUGUAAUAAUGAACUCUUGCAUUCUUCUUUUUCAAAAAAAAAAAACUCUUGCAUUCUUCUUCUAUCUUA